AUGAAAUUUGAAAAACUUUGUUCCGAAUUUUCAAAGGAUUUUAACAUGACUACGCCUCUCAACGAAUUCAUCAGCUCAGUACGUCUAGCUGAUACAUUCGAACAGGAGAAGUUCUUAAUUUCAACCGAACAAGCUCUUGUUCGUGCGAGUGUUCGCAGAGGCGAAUCUCAAUAUCGACCAAGAAACGUCAUGAAGCUUCUAUUUUUAGAAAUUUUAGGUCAGAAUAACCCAUGGGGACAAAUGGAAGUUCUUACAUUGAUGUCAGAAGAGCAGUUUUCAUUUAAACGAAUUGGUUAUAUCGCCGGUGAGGUUUUACUUGAUGAAUCCGCUGAUAUUUCAGUUCUCGUCACACAAACACUACUCAAAGAUCUCAACAAUCCUAAUCCAAACAUUCAAAGCCUCGCUCUUGCCUUCAUUGCAAACUGCGGAACGUCAGAAGUAUGCCGUGAUGUGGCAACAAGUGUUCAGAAAUGCAUAGAAUCAAGCUAUCCAAAUGUAUUGAAGCAUGCUGGUAUGGCUAUUCUUCGUAUUGUUAAACAGAACCCAGAUCUUGCGGAAGCUUUCAAGAAUUCAGUUCAAAAACUGUUAAAUCAUACAAAUCAUGGCGUAGUUCUUUCAGGCAUGAACGCUGUUAUCAGCUUAAUUACUGUAGAACCUCGUCUUUCCAAAUUAUGGGGGCAAUUCGCUGGCCCAUUCACAAGGAUCCUCAAAGCUCUCUCAACAUCAAGAGGCACUCGCGAAUUUAGCUACGGCGUCUUCAACGAUCCUUAUAUGCAAAUUAAGGCAAUGAAAGCCCUCGCUCUCCUCAAGAAGAGCUCCGAUGAACUCGACCAAGUCUUACAAUCCAUUGUUUCUUCAACAGAAACCCGUAGAAACACAGGAAGAGCAGUUUUAUAUCAGGCCGUCGAAUUAGUUGUUGCAGUUUCCCCAACAGCAUCAUUACGUGGCUUGGCUUUUAACCAAGUUGGCCGUCUCCUCAGCCUCAAAGAUCCAAACGUUCUUUAUUCCGCAUUAUCCGUUUUUGCUCGCGUUCUUUACACAGAAAGAGACAUCAUUAACCGUGGAAGUGUCGAUACGCAAGCUCUACAACGCUACAAGAAGCAUAUUGUUCGUUGCCUUGACCACCGCGACCCAUCAAUUCGUCGCAGAGCUUUGGAUGUCAUUUCCGCACUCAUUGAUGAAACCAACGUCGAGACAUUAAUACCAGAAAUCAUUACAUUCAUCCGUUUGGCCGAUUCCGACUUCAGAUGUGAACUUAUUACAAAGAUCUACACAGCGGCCGUCAGAUUUGGCCCAUCCAAGCUCUGGUUAUUCGAUAUUGUCCAUCAAAUCCUUAUCGACAGCGGAAAUUACGUAUCUCAAGAAAUAAUUACGGACUUUUGUGACAUGAUUCUCAAGAAUUCCGACAUACAACAACAUGCUGUAUCUCAGCUGCUUGCCUGCAUGCUCCAAUUCUCAGAUAACCAGACAUUAGUCCAAGUAUCCGCAUUUGUCAUUGGAGAAUUCGCUGUAGAAGACAACGGAGCCAUCGAGGGAUUCAAACAAAUCGUUUCCCUCCCACAGACAAAGAAUGAGACCAAGUUUUACAUAAUUACAGCGUUAGGAAAAUUAGUUACGCGCUUAAACCGUCGUCAAGAGGCCAUUGAGCUUAUGCAGCAAUUGGCAUCAUCAAAUAACAUAGAAGUACAGCAGCGCGCAGGCGAAAUGGCCAAUAUUCUUCAAAUGGAUAAUUUAUGUGAAGAAUUUUUAUCGCCAUUACAGCCAAGUUCAACAGAAUCGAGCGAAGAGAAGCAUCCACAGGUCGCUCAGGUCACAGCCAAGCCACAAGAGGCUGUAGAUCAAAUUCUUCUCCAAGUCAUGGACCAACCAGCGAAAUCCAACCCUCCAGCAGUCGAUUUGUUCGGCGGAAGCCCUGCUCCAAGUGCUCCUAAGGCUAAUGACUUGAUUGGAGACCUCCUUUCCGCUUCUCCUGUCCAGACAAAUAAUAAUAUCUCAGUCCAACAGCAGCCAGCAGCAGUUAGUGGGCCAACACCACCACCACAGGGUGCUAGCGAGUGCUGGCGAACCAACGAUUUCAUUGUUUACUCGCAAUGCCAGCCAAAUCCAGAAAAUCCGAACCAAGUUGCCGUCAAACUCACAGUUGUGUCCCAGGCAGCGAAGGAACUCUCAGAUUUCAAGCUGGAAUACAACGUGGCAAGAGGAUGGAAGAUGAUGGCAAAGCCUUUAGAUGGAAAUAGACUGAUGCAGAUCGGCGGAAAGCCGCUUACACAGAUGCUUUACUUCCUGAAGGAGAUUGACCUUCCUUUCGGACUCCAGGCUAGAGCUAGCUUCAAAUAUGGAAGCCAACCUUUGACAGAAACAGCAACUCUCAAAAUUAUUUUAUAA